AUGGACACCCAGCCCCAGUCCCAGCCCCAGUCCCAGCCCCAGUCCCAGGCGCCGACGGAGCCCAUGCCGGGGACGUUCUCGUCCAAGCUGAUCCAGCCCAUCUCCGCCCAGCCCGCGCACGCCCCGCCCCCGCCGAUGUACCUCCCGCAGAACCCGUACGCGCUGUACAACCCGUUCGGCUACGCGCCCGUGCCGCUCACGUACGCCAGCCUCGCCGUCCCGCCCAACCCGACGUACCACCACCUCCUGCCCUACCUCGACUCCCUCAUCUCCCAGCGCCGCGCCUCCAACCCCCACCCCCACCUCCCGCCCACCGCCCCUGCCAACCUCGUCUCGGGGUACAGGAACGGCGCGGCGAUAGGGGAGCACUUUAUCAACACCGAGGGCAGCUACUUCUGCCGCACCCCGAGCCCCGCCAGCAGGCAGCGCACCGCCCAGGCCUGCGUCAAGUGCCGCGAGCGCAAGACCAAGUGCACAGGCACGAGCCCCUGCGCGCGCUGCACCGCCCGCGGGCUCGUCUGCACAUACGUCGCCCCGCGCGACAAGGACCACCGCGGGCCCGCGCGCCACCGCGCCGAGCUGCGCGACCUCCCGCCCAUCCAGCAGCCCUCGCCCUUCUUCCGCCCCGCCCCGCACUUCCUCGGCGUCCCCGGGCCCGCGGGCGUCCCCAUGCUCCGCGGCUGGGAGGACGACAGCGAGCCGGGCAGCUGCCCCUCCUCCGCGACCUCCUCGCGCUUCUCCGUCUCCUCCGCGGGCUCGUCGGACUCCUCCCUCCCCCCGACGCCCGCCGACGACCCCGCGCCGCUCCCCUCGCCGUGCCUCUCCCCGCUCUCCCUGCUCGAGAAGCCGCUCCCGUCACCCCCCUUCAUCGCCGCCCAGCCCUCCCCGCAUCUCAUGCACCCCCAGCCGCGCGCCGCAGGCCUGUUCCUCCCCUCCCCCGCACUCUCGCCCGUCUUCCUCCCCUCGCCCGCGCCCUCGCCCAUCUUCCUCCCCUCCCCCUCGCCAGUGCCCACCGCGGAGUUCCGCACGAACGAAGACUACUACCGCUUCCUCGUCGCGCACCUCACCGCCGCCGCCGCCGCCGCCUCGCCGGAGGAGAGCCCCAACUGCACCUCAGAGGACCCGGAAGAAGUGAGCGUGAGCAGCGACGCGUCGAUGGUCACCGUCGACCUCGCCUCCGACACCGACGCCGACGCCUCCAUGGCGAGCAUCCCCGCGCCGUCCUCCUCCUGGCGCGGGGGCGGGCGAAACAUGGACGCAGACGCGACCCCGCGCGCGCCGCAGCACCCGAAUUCGUUGCAUCUCCUGCUGAACCCGCCGGUGCAUGUCCACGCGGUGACGCCCUCGCCGUCGGCGCUGCUCGCGGAGUAUUUGACCGACGACGUGUUGACGCCCGCGAGUACGGGCGAGGACGGGGAGACGGGCAUGGAUGUUAGCGAGAGCUGUGGGGGGUUCAGUUAA